GACUUUAUUAUAGUCUUAGACUUUAUACUUCGGUUCAAGUUUUUUUCACAUCAAUUUGACUUCAACUUGGUUUUCCCGUAAUAUAGUUUGGGACGCCGAUUUAGUGUUUUUGUUAUUGUGUUUCAUUAAAAUGGAAGUCAUCGUGGGUACUUACAACCAUGUGCUUUUUGGAUUUAAGUUUGUUCUAAACGAAGAAAGUGAUCAUUGGAAUUUUGAACCUCUUUUCACUGAUCAAGGACAUGCAGGAUACAUCAAAACAGUUGCCACUGGUGGUCGGUACUUAGCUUCUGGAGGGAGUGAUGAAACAAUUAGACUUUUUGAUAUGAAAAAACAUGUUGAACUGGGAACUUUAAUGCAACAGAGUGGAUCAGUAACUAGCAUAAAUUUUUUUGGAUCUCAACAUAUGCUCAGUGCUAGUGAGGAUGGUACAAUAUGUAUAUGGAAAUGUAAAUCAUGGGAGUGUGAGAAGGUUUUAAAAGGACACAGAGGACCUGUACUAUCUAUUUCAAUUCAUCCAACUGGUCGACUCGCUCUUUCAGUUUCAAAAGAUAAAAGUAUAAAAACAUGGAAUCUUCUAACUGGAAGACCAGCAUAUACCACUAGUAUUAAAGAAGUUGGAGAAAUUAUUCGUUGGUCACCUAGUGGAGAUAGUUAUGCUGUUGUGGUUGGUUGCAAACUGACUGUUAAUAAAAUUACUGGAAUUGACGAACCACAUAUAUACACAUGUGAAAAGUACAUUUUGGCUAUAGAAUAUCUGACUGACUCUAUAAUUAUGCUUGCAGGCGAGUUUAAUGAUAUUAUUAUUUAUAAUUUUCAAAAAUCGUCUGUUUUGCAAAAACUUUGUGGACAUAAAGUCAGAGUAAAAGGAGUUGCUAUUGGAGAUCAAGAUGACAAGAAAAUCUUCAUAUUUACAGUUUCAUCAGAUGGAAAUAUUAAAGCAUGGUGCUUGAAUAAAGAAAAUUACGAGGAUCAUUCUUUGCUGGCAAGUAUUGAUUUACCUGGAAGGCCCACAUGUAUAACUGUAAAGCAAUCCGUGUCUUUGAAGUUACAAAAUAAAGUUACUAACGAGAUAACAAAUGAAUCAAAUGAAACAUAUAAAAAACAGAAGUUAAAAUUAGAUCAGAAAAAUGUUAUUACUGAAAAUGAUGUAGAAGUUAAACAUAGUAAAAAAAAAACGAAAAAAGAAACUGGUAGCAACAAAAAAGAAACUGAUAUUCCAAAAAAGCGACUUAAAAAUAAAACAUGACAAGUAUUAAAGGUUUAAUAGGACCUUUUUCACCAAGCGCUUCGAAAAAUUGAAUUUCUUCUUUUUCGUCGAUUCCUGCAUCUAUAAAGACCAGUGUUGGGGGAUAAUUUGAUAAUAUAAAUUAUAUUACUUUUAAAUAUACUAUUGAUAUUAUUGUAUUAAGUUGGAAAAGUAAAAGUAUGUUAAUUGAUUUUUUUAAAGUAAAUCAGAAUUGGUUUUA